AUGAUUUUUAGAAAAUCACUAGACACAGGAGUAGUACCUAGGCUAUGGAGGCAGGCAAAUGUAGUUCCUAUAUUCAAGAAAGGAGAUAAGGCAGAAAGUAGUAACUACCGCCCAAUUAGUUUAACAUCAGUGGUAGGCAAGAUGUUAGAAGCUAUCAUAGCAAGGGCAAUUAGAAGACAUUUAGAUGAACACAAGCUAAUUAGACAUAGUCAACAUGGUUUUAGCAAGGGGAAGUUAUGCCUCACAAAUUUAUUAUCCUUCUAUAGGAAAGUAUUUGAAACAAUAGAUAAGGGGGACGAGUAUGAUAUAGUUUAUUUGGACUUCAGUAAAGCCUUUGACAGAGUACCCCAUAGGAGACUGUUAAGUAAAGUUAAGGCUCACGGCAUAGGUGGGAAGGUACUAGAAUGGAUUAGGGGAUGGCUUACUAGUAGGGAACAGAGGGUACAGAUUAAUGGGAAGAAAUCAGAAUGGGGUAAUGUCACUAGUGGGGUACCACAGGGAUCAGUACUAGGACCAUUGUUAUUCAUAAUUUAUAUAAAUGACUUAGAGACAGGAAUAAAUAGUGAUAUCAGUAAAUUUGCCGAUGACACAAAGAUAGGAAGACAGGUAAAGAAUUUAGACGAU